AUGGAGCCUAUUCGGAACGUCGCACUCUUGGGAAAAGGAUGGCUGGGAUCCGCAAUCUUGGAGCAGCUCAUGAAUACUGGCUUCCAAGUCACGGUGCUGAGCCGCACAGCUCGCUCUGUGGAUGAAGCUCCUUCUAGCAUCAAGACCAUGCAAGUCGAUUAUUCGUCUAUCGAGAAUCUUGUAGCUGCUCUUAGGGGCCAGGACGCUGUAGUGUCUACCGUCGGUUCAUCCGGUAUUAGCGCCCAGAAGACGGUUAUCGAUGCCAGCAUCCAGGCUGGCGUCCGACGCUUCAUCCCUUCCGAUUUCGGAGCGCUUACGACCAGACCUGGAGCAGAGUCACUUCCGCUUAACGCGUUAUGGAUUGACAUCCAAAAUUAUCUCAAAGAAAAGGCGCUGAGCGGACAGAUCGAGUACACACUCUUUGCUGUUGGGCCCUUCCUGGAAUUUGUCAUGUCGAUGCCAUUUUUGACCGACCUGCAAACUCAAACUGCUCCGGUUUAUGACAAUGGUGUGCAUACUUUCAGCUCCACCAGUGUGUCAAGUGUCGGGAAAGCCGUUGCUGGUGCUUUGAAGAAUGCCGCAGCGACCAAAAACCGCUUGGUAAGCGUUCACGACAUUGUCCUGACUCAAAACAAAGUUUUGAACCUGGCAAAGAAGUACUCAGGGUCUGAUGUCAAAUGGAUCGAGGAUCCAUUAGAUGCAGCGGCUGAGCUUGAGAAAAUUCUCGAAAAUACCAAGCAGAGGGACCUGGACCUCUUCAAAACACUGGCGCUGUUGAAAGCUGCGCUCUUGGGUGGCAAAUUCGAGGCCGAGUUCAAGACUUUGGAUAAUGACCUUGUUGGGGUGCCCCUUCUUUCUGAUGAUGAGUUUGAGAAGAUAUUUGCUACGGCUUUUCAGCCAGGCCAGAUGGUUGCGCAGGAGAACCUUCAGGCAAACGUUGAAGGGAUUCAAGGCGAGGCUUAA